CUGGGUUCCUACACGCAUUCACUUUAAAAGUUGGAGCCCGACAUCUCUGAAUAUCUUCCACAACUUCCAAGACAGUUAUCACUUGAAAGACUACGGUAUUCUGUUGGACCAUGUGUGGAAUUUUUGCCUACCUGAACUACAGAGUGCCACGGACAAGGAAGGAGAUCUUUGACACGCUGGUAAAGGGACUGCAGAGACUUGAGUACAGGGGAUAUGACUCUGCAGGUGUCGGAGUGGAUGGCCCCAGGAAAAAUGACAAUGGUGACAACGUCAACAUUUGCCUGAUCAAGAAGAGGGGGAAGGUCAAGGCUCUGGAUGAGGAGCUCUACAAGAACGACUCCAUUGACCUGGACAUUGAGCUGGACACACACUUUGGCAUUGCUCACACCCGCUGGGCGACACAUGGAGAGCCCACCGCUGUCAACUGCCAUCCACAACGCUCCGACAAGAAUAACGAAUUUGUUGUGAUCCACAAUGGCAUCAUCACUAACUACAAGGAGCUCAGGAAAUACCUGAAAUCCAAGGGGUACAAGUUUGAGUCGGAGACGGACACCGAGGUCAUCCCCAAGCUGAUUAAAUAUGUCUUUGACAACAGCGAGAGCGAUUAUGUGUCCUUCUCCACCCUGGUGGAGCGCGUCAUCCAGCAGCUGGAAGGAGCUUUUGCUCUUGUUUUCAAAAGCAUCCACUUCCCGGGGGAAGCUAUAGCCACCAGGAGAGGAAGUCCUCUGCUGAUUGGCGUGAGGAGCAAGUAUGAGCUGUCUAUGGAACAGAUUCCUAUUCAGUACAACAGUACUGGUCACUUUAUAGAAGGCAUCCAGCAGAGGAACUUCAGAAACAGGGUGGACAGCACCGUAGCCUUGCACUCAGUCAGUGACAGGAAGGCAGUGGAGUUCUACUUUGCUUCUGAUGCCAGUGCCAUCAUUGAACACACCAACAAGGUGAUCUACCUGCGGGAUGAUGACAUAGCAGCGGUGGCCGAGGGCAAGCUGUCCCUGCACCGUAUGAGCCGCUGUGCCGGGGAGGACCCUAACCGGGCCAUCCAGACCCUACAGAUGGAGCUGCAGCAGAUCAUGAAAGGGAACUUCAAAGCCUUCAUGCAGAAGGAGAUUUUUGAGCAGCCAGAGUCUGUCUUCAACACCAUGAGAGGAAGAAUCUGUUUUGACACCAACACAGUGGUCCUGGGGGGGCUGAAAGACCAUCUGAAGGAGAUCAGACGCUGCAGACGCCUCAUCCUGAUUGGCUGUGGGACCAGUUUCCAUGCUGGAGUGGCGACCAGACAGAUUCUGGAGGAGUUGACUGAACUGCCUGUGAUGGUGGAACUGGCCUCUGAUUUCCUGGACCGCAUCACUCCCGUCUUUAGAGAUGACGUCUGCUUCUUCAUCAGCCAGUCUGGUGAGACAGCAGACACCCUGAUGACGCUGCGUUACUGUCAGGGCCGUGGAGCUCUGACGGUGGGCGUCACCAACACAGUGGGCAGCUCCAUCUCCAGGGAGACAGACUGUGGCAUUCACAUCAACGCUGGCCCUGAAAUCGGCGUGGCCAGCACCAAGGCGUACACCAGCCAGUUUGUGGCCCUCACCAUGUUUGGUUUGAUGAUGAGUGAGGACAGAAUCUCAAUGCAGAAGAGGAGACUGGAGAUCAUCAACGGAUUGAGGAUGCUGCCAGGGUUGAUUAAGGAGGUUCUGACCCUGGACGAUCAGAUCAAAAACAUUGCAAGCGAGCUGUACCAGCAGAGGUCCCUGCUGGUUAUGGGCCGUGGAUACAACUACGCCACCUGUAUGGAGGGGGCACUGAAAAUCAAAGAGAUCACGUACAUGCACUCAGAGGGCAUCCUGGCUGGAGAGCUGAAGCACGGUCCCCUGGCUCUCAUCGACAAACACAUGCCUGUCAUUAUGAUCAUCAUGAAAGACGCCUGCUACACCAAGUGUCACAACGCUCUGCAGCAGGUCACUGCACGCCAGGGGCGGCCCAUUAUCCUGUGUUGCCAGGACGACCCUGAGAUCACUAAGAAUGCUUACAAGACCAUUGAGUUGCCACAGACAGUGGACUGCCUUCAGGGCGUCCUCAGUGUUAUUCCUCUCCAGCUCAUGUCCUUCCACUUGGCUGUGCUCCGAGGAUACGAUGUGGACUGCCCCAGGAACCUAGCCAAGUCUGUGACAGUGGAGUAACUACUAGUUUCAAACCACUCAAAAUACCAUAGUGCAGUCAGGCGUGUCUUUCUCUGUACUGUGUGUGUUGGCAGGUACUGGAAUGUGUCAUUUUAACUGGGUGUUUAUCAGGGUUUGGGUCAAUUUGAAUUGAAGAUAGUCCAUUUAGGAAGUAAACUGAAAUUCCAAUAAAAUUAUUGAGAAAAUGUAUUUUCAAUGACUUCAAUCAACUUAAAAGAAAAACCUAUUUAGAAAUGUUGGGAUUUUCAAGUAAAAUCCUGAAUUUACUGACUUCAAUUUGAAUUGACCCCAACCCUGGUAUUUAUGGUAGACGUUAAACUCUGAAGAGUCGUCAUGACUAAAGUUGUGUGUUGGAGUUCUAUCAGUGAGUUAAAUUCAAUGACGUUUACUCAAUAAGUGCCUUGUGAAUUUUUAUAUUUUUUAUUUUUAUAUAUAUACAUAAGGAAGGGACAUCUAUAUUCUAUUCUAUUCUGUUUACUGCUCGGCACUGAAGCAAAGGAACAAUGUCAGAGCCUAUUGUUUACAUUUAGUCUCGAAAUGUUUACAGUUGUGCAAUACGUAGACUGACAAGGACUAAAGUGUCUUGGUGUUUGUUUGUAAUAGCUCGCACAUCAUUUAAUUUGCAUGAUGCCUACUAUACCUUUUUAAACAGUGAAGGAACAGUUGAAUCUUAACAUUACAGAAGGUAGAGAGAUAAUAUGCUUUGACAAUUAUGUAUUCCAACUCUCUAUUCCUCUGUAUUUGUUUGAGCCAAAGAGAAAACAAGCAAAGGACUGUUGGCUAUAUGGACAAUUUCUCGUUUGAUGUCCUCUUUACAACGGGAAAAUAUAUGAGUACUUUGAGGCUGUUACUGUAUAAAGCCCUUAUCAUAUGCAAACUAUUUUAGACCAAACGCGUGUACAUGUACAUUGCGAUAUAUGUUUAAAAUUGUAGAUAUUUAUUGUAUUUUAUCUCUGAUUAUUAGUCUUACUUGUCUAGUUUUGAAUAGGCCAGAAUCUAUCCCCUAAUCUUUGACUAUGUAUAUUACUUAAAAAUUUUUUUUAAAUACAAUUAUUUUUUAUCCUGUUUGUGUAUGUUUGUGUGUGUGAUGGUUUCCAGAUCAUAUACUGCUAGCUGAAAGAAGACCAAUAUUCUCUUGAUUUGAUUUCAUCUAUAUAAAUACAGUACCAGUCAAAAGUUUGGGGACACCUAUUCAUUCCAAAGUUUUUCUAUAUUUAACUAUUUUCUACAUUGUAGAGUACUAGUGAAGACAUCAAAACUAUGAAGUAACACAUAUGGAAUCAUGUAGUAACCAAAAAAGUGUUAAACAAAUCAAAAUAUAUUUUAGAUUCUUCAAAGUAGCCACCCUUUGCCUUGAUGACAGCUUUGCACACUCUUGACAUUCUCACAACCAGCUGGAAUGUUUUUCCAACAGUCUUGAAGGAGUUCCCACAUAUGCUGAGCACUUGUUGGCUGCUUUUCCUUCACUCUGCGGUCCAACUCAUCCCAAACCAUCUCAAUUGGGUUGAGGUUGGGUGAUUGUGGAGGCCAGGUCAUCUGAUGUAGCACUCCAUCACUCUCCUUCUUGGUCAAAUAUUCCUUACAUAGCCUGGAGGUGUGUUUUGGGUUAUUGUCCUGUUGAAAAACAAAUGAUAGUCCCACUAAGCGCCAACCAGAUGGGAUGGCGUAUCGCUGCAGAAUGCUGUGGUAGCCAUGCUGGUUAAGUGUGCCUUGAAUUCUAAAUAAAUCACUGACAGUGUCACCAGCAAAGCACCAUCACACCUCCUCCUCCAUGCUUCAUGGUGGGAACCACACAAGUGGAGAACAUCCAUUUAUCCACUCUGUGUCUUACAAAGAGUUGUAACCAAAAAUCUCAAAUUUGGACUCAACAGACCAAAGGACAGAUUUCCACCGGUCUAAUGUCCAUUGCUUGUGUUUAUUGGCCCAAGCAAGUCUCUUCUUAGUAAUGUCCUUUAGUAGCAAUUCGACCAUGAAGGCCUGAUUUACGCAGUCUCCUCUGAGCAGUUGAUGUUGAGAUGUGUCUGUUACUUGAAGUAUUGAAGUACUGUGUACUGUGAAGUAUUUAUUUGGGCUGCAAUUUUGGGUGCAAUUAACUCUAAUGAACUUAUCCUCUGCAGAGUCAACUCUGGCUCUUCCUUUCCUGUGGUGGUCCUCAUGAGAGACAGUUUCAUCAUAGCACUUAAUGGUUCUUGUGACUGCACUUGGAAGAAACUUUCAAAGUUCUUGAAAUUUUCCACAUUGACUGACCUUCAUAUCUUAAAGUAAUGAUGUACUGUCAUUUCUCUUUGCUUAUUUGAGCUUGGUAUUUUACCAAAUAGGGCUAUUUUAUGUAUACCACCGCUAACUUGUCACAACACAACUGAUUGGCUCAAACGCAUUAAGAAGGAAAGAAAUUCCAUAAAUUUUGACAAGGCACACCUGUUAAUUGAAAUGUGAUCCAGGUGACUACCUCAUGAAGCUGGUUGAGAGAAUGCCAAGAGUGUGCAAACCUGUCAUCAAGGCAAAGGUUGUAGUUGCAAAUGAGAACUUGUUCUCAACUAGCCUACCUGGUUAAAUAAAGGUGAAAUAAAUACAUUUAAAAAUGGUGGCUACUUUGAAGAAUCUCAAAUAUAAAAUAUAUGUUGUUUUGUUUAACACUUUUUUGAUAACUACAUGAUUCCAUAUGUGUAAUUUCACAGUUCUGAUGUCUUCACUAUUACUCUACAAUGUAGAAAAUAGUAAAAAUAAAUAAAUGAGUGAGUAAGUGUGUCCAAACUUUUGACUGGUACUGUAUAUAACCAUGAAUGCCUAGACUAGAUAUAUUGUCUCUUCUCCUCCAGAUAUGUAACAAUAUUUAUAGAAAAAUAAAUAAUUAUUCCCAUUA